UGAAAAUUGAAUGAAUCGCGUCGCGCCGUCUUGCGAGUAAAGCAGUCGAUUCAUCCAACAUGGUGCUGGAAAGUACAAUGAUAUGCGUCGAUAACAGCGAUUAUAUGAGAAAUGGGGAUUUUGUACCUACCCGGUUACAAGCGCAGCAAGAUGCGGUCAACUUAGUGUGUCAUUCCAAGACUCGUUCGAAUCCCGAGAACAACGUUGGCUUGAUAACUCUUGCUAACGUUGAGGUGUUAGCAACGCUUACAAGUGAUGUAGGCAGAAUAUUGUCCAAGUUGCAUCAGGUUCAGCCAAAUGGAAAAUUGUGUCUCAUUACGGGCAUUAGAAUUGCUCAUUUAGCGUUGAAACAUCGGCAAGGAAAAAAUCAUAAAAUGCGUAUUGUUGCAUUUAUCGGAAGUCCGAUAGACAUUGAUGAAAAGGAAUUAGUGAAAUUAGCCAAGCGCUUGAAAAAGGAAAAAGUGAACGUUGAUGUCAUAAGUUUUGGUGAAGAAAGCAUCAAUAACGAAGUGUUAACUGCCUUUGUGAAUGCAUUGAAUGGCAAAGAUGGCACCGGAAGUCAUCUUGUCACUGUUCCGCCGGGGCCACAUUUGUCAGAUGCUCUGAUCUCGUCUCCUAUAAUCCAGGGUGAAGACGGAAUGGGCGCAGCUGGUAUGGGUAGUGCCGCUUUUGAGUUUGGUGUCGAUCCAAAUGAAGAUCCCGAACUUGCAUUGGCUUUGCGUGUUUCUAUGGAGGAGCAACGACAACGGCAAGAAGAUGAGGCACGUCGUGCGCAGGCGAACGAGACUGCUGCGAAUAAGCAGCCGGAAACUAUCAAGGAAGCUCCUAAUGAGGAGGCAAUGCUGAAACGUGCCCUUGCUAUGUCACUCGAAGGAGCUGACGAAUCGACUGCCGCUACUGACAACACUGCUCCAAGCAGGGGAAAUGUGCCGGAUUUCACUAAUAUGACGGAAGAAGAACAAAUUGCUUUUGCUAUGCAAAUGUCCAUGCAAGAUCAGCAGGAGUUAGAAUCGCAGAAAGAAGAAGCGAUGGAUGUAGAGGAAGAUUAUGCAGCUGUCAUGUCGGAUCCUGCUUUUCUACAAUCAGUUCUAGAGAACUUACCAGGUGUGGAUCCGCAUUCCGAAGCUGUUCGCCAAGCUGUCGGAUCGUUACAGCAAAAUAAAGAUAAAGAGAAAGAAAAGGAAAAAGAUAAAGAAAAAAAGUGAACAGUUGAUUAGUUUACAUUUACACUCCCAAUUUGUUUAAUUUCAAAUUUUUCAUUAUUAUGUAUAAUAUUGUAGCUAUCUAUCUUGCUUGUGAAAUAUAUUAUCAAUUUAUCGAAA